UUUUAACAGCCGUUGCAGUCACUGCACCAACAAACAAAAGCCGUGUUGUGGUCCACCUCAAGGAGGAAGCUGUCACCUCCGUGUCGACUGAAACUGUAUCAUCGAAGACAAUCCUCGCAGUGCCAGCGCUCACCAAAAAGAAGCAAACCAGCAAACUGCAGACAUAAGCUAGCAGCAGGCUAACCUAACCUAACGUUACCUUAGCUAGUUAGCUAAGUUGGCUGCGCCAAUAACUUUUUAAGCUACCGUUAUCAAAUCUGGAUAUCAGCCGUGUUUUUAACCCUGUGGAUCUGGUCAAAGUUCCAGUUUAGAUGUAGUCAUCGCUGUCUGAAUAACUCGGUACAGAAGAUAAAGUGGGGGUAUAAGUUAAUGCAUUAUGUAGUUGCAAAAGUUAGCUAACAUCUAGCUAGCUUGUAAGCCAUGCUAGUUUUUAACGUGACUCGCUGGCUGUUAAUGAAUGUGUAGUAUCGCAACAUCGGGUGUUGCCUGGUUGUCGCCCCUUAACUAAAGCGCUGCUGAUGACUCGUGUAUGACUAGAGAAAAUACUUUUUGUUGUCUUCUGUCACGCCUGGGACAAAAAAAGACCCUCGAUUUUUAUUUGACAAGAACACUUGGAUUUCUAUGAUAAUAGUAUCAUGGGAUCUCUGAAGGCUCUCCAGGAGUGGUGUCGGAUACAGUGUGAAAAUUACAGCGAUGUGGAAGUAAAGGACAUGUCAACGUCCUUUCGAGACGGUUUGGCGUUUUGUGCCAUAAUACAUCGUUACAGACCAGAUUUGAUAGACUUUGGCUCGCUGUCUAAAGAGAACGUCUACGAGAACAACCGACUGGCGUUUGAAGUGGCAGAGACACAGCUGGGGAUUCCAGCCCUGUUGGACCCAGAAGACAUGGUGUCCAUGAAAGUGCCUGAUCGGCUCAGCAUCAUCACGUACGUCUCCCAGUACUACAACUUCUUCAACAACAAGUCUCAAGCAAACCCCCCUUGCAUGAAAAGGCUGAGUUCUGUCGGUCAUAAUGAGCCAGCCCAGAAAAAGUCCCCGACCCCUCUUGAAGACAAAGUGGUUGAGUCUGAGCAGGGGAAAAGCAAAGCAACUGAGCCGGGCCAGCCCGCGCAGACAGGUGUAGAAGUCGUUGCAGCAGUCAAGCGCAGCACGCUCAGCAGCACCUGCGCCGCCUGCCAGAAACAUGUCCACCUGGUGCAGAGGUUUCUGGUGGACGGCAAGCUCUACCAUCGCAACUGCUUCAGGUGCAUAGAGUGUCACAGCACUUUGCUUCCUGGAUCCUACAAAUUAGGAAGCGACUCUGGGGCGUUGGUCUGUACACGUCACCUUACAAGACAUGCUUCAACCAAUCAGAAUGGCCGGCCAGAUCUUAGUAAGAAACCAGUGGUAGUUCAGUCCACCAGAAUUGGUCACAGCACAGUUCCCUACGCCUCGCCCUCUGAGAGCAACCAGGUAAAGACUCCAGUACGCCAAACAAAUGAUACUGACAUGCCUACCAGUGACUCUGUCACAGUCACUGCUGUUACAACAAAUAAAGCAGACUCUUUAGAAAAAGCAAAAGAGAUGGAUGGCAGUGGAGAGACAGAGGAGAUACCACGUUCUUCUUCUCCUCCCAACCCUUUUGAUGAGAGCGAUGAAGAGGAGGAAGAGGGGGAGAAAGAGGAAGAUACUAAAACACCAGCCAAAGUAACGACUAAUGGGGACCUCCCUUCCACACCUGUCACUCAUGAAGGUGCCAGUCGGCCAGUACCCGCACCCCGCCGGGUUUCUGAACCCACCCCUCCUCCUCGCCCUGCCCCUCGGGUUCGGCUACCCCGUACAGGAGACAGCCUUACAGUCGGUGAAAACCAGAAGCCUCCGACUCCUCCCAAACCUCGAGAAAGAUCACAGUCUCCUGGAAGCAUGUCCAGUGGCACCCAUAAAGCCAAAGACCCACCUUGGCUCGCCCUGGUCCAAUCAGAACCCAAGAAGAAGAAAGCCCCCGCCCCUCCCCCUGCCGGACUGGCAACCCCUCCCAAUACAGGCUCUCUGUCCUCUCUCAAAGGGGAGGGCUCCAGACCCAGCACGCCCCCUCCGACCUCCAACCCAUUUGACGACGAUGAUGAUGAUGAUGAAAAUAAGGUAGAGGUAGAAGAGGGGAGUGACGGAGGUGCGAUUCCACCCACAGUUGUGGCUACUCACCCAUGGUACAGUAUCACUCGGGCAGCUGACACGACAGGUGCAGACACUCCGCCUAGUGGAGGAAGCUCAUCCCACUCUGCCAGCCCCGGGAGCAGCAAGAGGAAGAAACGGCCGGCACCUCGUGUUCCACAGCCACCUGCUGGUAACCAAGCUCUCCCUCACUCUCAGCCCUCCUCUUGCUCUCCCUCUCCAGCUCUCAGCACAGAGAGUCUGUCUUCUGGCUCGGACCACAGCUCCUCCCAGCCCCCCUUGUGUGGCAGUGCCACCAGCGACCAGGAACACGCCUUCACUAAAAGUGUCUCAGAGCCUUCCAUCUGUUCACCGUGCAACUCUUCGGCCUCUCCUUCCUCCUCCUCGACCGAGCGUCUGCCUCAUCCCUCCCCAAGCCCCUACCCUUGUCCCAUGCCGUCAUAUGCCAGCUCGGCUCCAGCCACCCCACAGACCAGUCGCAGCUUUGGAACCAAAGGGACCGGAGCCCCUCCCCCACCACGACCCCUGACGACCCCCAGCCCCUUGGCCUCAGGAGCCAACCAGUCACACAAUAAGCGGAUCUGUAAAGAGAACCCAUUCAACAGGAAAGCUUCUCCCUCCCCUGCUAAAUCCAAAACCAGACCACCAAAAGGCCCUCGUCCUGCCAGACCCCCCGCCCCAGGCCAUGGCUUCCCUCUUAUCAAACGCAAGGUGCAGUCAGAUCAGUACAUCCCAGUAGAGGACAUCCACGGGGAGAUGAGUCAGCUGGAGAAGCAGCUGGAUGAACUGGAGCAGAAGGGAGUGGAGCUGGAGAAGAAGCUGAGAGACAACCCUAACGAUGAGGAUGAGGAGCACCUGUUGGUGGACUGGUUCACUCUCAUCCAUGAGAAACACCUUUUAGUACGACGAGAAGCUGAGCUGGUCUACAUAGCGAAGCAGCAGAACCUGGAAGAGAGGCAAGCUGACGUGGAGUAUGAGCUGAGGUGUCUUCUCAACAAACCAGAGAAAGACUGGACGGAAGACGAUAAGAGUCGGGAGCAGGAGUUAAUGGCUGAGCUGGUUACCAUCAUUGAACAGCGCAACCAAAUUGUCAACAACAUGGACCAGGACAGGCAGAGGGAAGAAGAGGAGGAUAAACUUAUGGAAGCCAUGCUGAAGAAAAAAGACUUCCACAAGGAUCCGGAGGGCGAGCAGCAGCAGAAGAAAAAGGGGGCAAAGUUCAAACCCAUUAAGGUGCUCAAGAGGCUGAGCCAUAAAGGAGAACCAGGCACGAGCCACAGCCCCCGCAAGGAGAAAACACCAUAGAAAGGACGCAUCACUCCUCCAAGAGGAUAUGAGACUAUUUUAACAAGACUAAGGAAAAUAAAAAAGGAUGUGAGAAACGAAAUACAUCAGGUCAAACGAUAAGAUGAGGUCUCCUUUAACUGUGUCAUUGUUGACUUGAAGUGCAACCCUACUCACAUCUUACUUACUUCAGUGACCAUUUUCAGUUGCCUUUGUGUUUUAAAGAGACAAUAUAACAACUCAACUGCUUUAAGAGCUGAUGUUUAAGCUCUCUGACUUUUCAAGCUAGUGAAGUAUAGAAUGGGUUUCUAAAUUACUGCACUGAUUUGUUGUGUUGCUUCAUUAUCCUUGCAUUGCACAGCGACUCUGCCCUGUAGGCCUUUAUCAAGGUUCAGCAAAUGUCAUCAGUUCUCUUUGAAUGAAGUCAGUUGAUGCAAGUGGAUCCCUGGUAUCUGAGUUUUUACUAUGCUCCUGACUUACACUCCUUGAUUACCCGUCUCCUAUGCUCUUUCAUUCCAAAGGUCAGUAGAUGGAUAUCUGAGAAGGUUUCAUAUCAUGUCUCGUUUGAGCCUGUGGUACUAGUGAAAGCAAAACGUUUUGUUUUUUUUAAUAUUGCAACAUCUACUCCUGAAAUGCUCAAUCACCAACGUAUCUAGCUGCUAUGUCAUGAUUGUUUGUGGUUCCCUUGUUUUUAGUUUCUUCAGUGAUAUUUUUGCAAUGGUGUCAUAUGUGUAAAUGCAUAUCAUCAAAGAAGUGGAUGAACGUAGAUACAGUAUUUAACGGUGUGUGUGUGUGUCUGUGUGUGUGUGUCACUGGAAACAAAGUGGGAGACUCAAAAUCAGAUUGAUGUAGAAAAUGUGAGGUCUGGAGGAGAGCAUUAUACAAAGUGUUAAACUGCAGAUGUCUCUUAGAAAGUUUAUUAAAAUGAAAGGUCACACAUGCAAUAAUGAGUGUUAGAAAUGGCAGAUAUACAGUAUUUUAACAACUCUAGCGCAACAUCAGUUUGUAACAGUUUUAACCACUGGGGAAAACCUGAAGAUGCAAUCAUUAAUUUAUAUUUUACUAUGCCUUUCAGUAUGUUUUUUCUUUCCAAGUGGAUAGGGGAAAACCUGUUAACAUUGUUUGUACAAGUGCCAUUUAUUUAAUUGCAUAUGUGGAUGAGCAUCAUUUGUUGGAGCUAAUGUAAUCUAUGUCAGUGUGUUUACUCAUUCUGUUCCUGUUUUGUCAUUUAGAGUCUCUUUGUCCUCCAUUUUAAAUGGUAAUCCCUGUCGUGUCUGUGUUUCUUCUUUGUGCCUGUCUUCCUGUCCAGCUAAAACCAAGGGCUUCUGUUGUGCCACAGUUCUGUCAGCUAUACAUUGUCCAGCAGCAGCAUUAUAAAAAAAAAAUACUGACACUGGAAGGCAGAGCAAUAAAAUAAGUUAAUGCAAGUA